UACCCGCUCAACCACCGAGUCUGGGUCUUCCUUUCUUUUAUACUAAUCCCUUACUGUGAGAAAUCACAUAGUCAUUCUCUCGCAACCAUGAGCGACUCCAUGGACGAGUCGGUCUUUGACGAUGGCGCAAGCUCAGACAUCGCGCCCGUCAAGCCCGUGAAGGCCACCAAAGCCGCAGCAAAGCCCAAGGCCACAGCACCGAAGAAAGCGGCUGGCCCGCCAAAGCCUCGAGGGCGCCCAGCAAAAGAUUCCGCGCCAGCUGCGAAACCAAGGGCGAAGGCUGCACCCAAGAAGAAGGUGAAAGACGACUCCGACAUCGAGAACUCGGACAUGGACAUGGAUGCAGAUCCGGUCAACAUCGACGAGUCAUUGCUCGCAGACACGCCACCUAAGCAGAAGAAGAAAGCGCCCGCGCCGAAGAAGACUAGCGACAAGCCGCUUGCAGACGUAGCAAACGAGAGCUUCGGACUUGAAAGCAUGACUGAAGGGCUAGCAGAGAGACCCAAGAAGGGUGCUGGGGACGCCAGUGACAAAUAUCAGAUGCUCACGCAUUUGGAACAUAUCAUGAAGCGCCCGGACACGUACAUUGGCUCUGUAGAGCGGCAGACGGACAAGAUGUGGGUCUACAACUCCUCCAGCGAGAGCAUGGAGUUCCGCGAUGUGACAUACGUUCCCGGUCUAUACAAGAUUUUCGACGAGAUCCUCGUAAACGCGGCGGACAACAAGCAGAAUGACAAGAACAUGAGCGAGAUUCGUGUGACAGUAGACCGCGAGUCUGGCGAGAUCUCUGUCAAGAACGACGGCAAAGGUAUUCCAGUUGAGAUACACAAAGAACACGGCAUAUACGUACCAGAGAUGAUCUUUGGUCACCUUCUUACUUCUUCGAAUUACAACGAUAACCAACAAAAGGUCACUGGUGGUCGCAACGGUUACGGUGCGAAGCUCUGCAAUGUCUUCAGCACCCAGUUUACAGUCGAGACGGUUGACUCGAAACAGAAGAAGAAGUACAGGCAGACCUGGACAGAGAACAUGAGCAAAAUGGGCAAGGCCAAGAUCACCGACAUCAAGACCGAGGACUACACCAAGGUCUCCUGGACAGCCGACUAUAGCAGGUUUGGCAUGGACGGUAUCGAUGACGACUUCGAGGCUCUAGUCAAGCGGAGAACAUAUGACAUGGCUGGUACACUGCGGGGAAUCAAGGUGUAUCUCAAUGGCGACCGCGUCAAGGUCACCAGCUUUGCCAAGUAUAUGGAGAUGUAUACCAAAGCCAUCUCGCGGGAGCAGGGCAAGAGCGAGGACGAGGAGAAGAAGGAAGUGAUCAUCACCGACAAACUUGAUCGUUGGGAUAUUGGUUUCGCCGUGUCUGAUGGGUCCUUCAAUCAGGUUUCGUUCGUUAACUCGAUCGCGACCACUUCCGGUGGUACACACGUCAAUUACGUUGCGGACCAGAUCAUCGAAAAGCUUAUGGCGAUUGUCAACAAGAAGAACAAGGCUGCUGUCAAACUCAAACCGGCUCAGAUCAAGAACCAUCUCUUCCUGUUCGUCAACUGUUCGAUCGUCAACCCCGCUUUCACUUCUCAGACCAAGGAGCAGCUGACGACGAAGGCGAGUCAGUUCGGCAGCAAACCGGUACUCAGCGAUAAAUUUUUGAAGGCCAUUGAGAAGACGGACGUCAUUCAGAAUAUCAUGCACUUUGCUCAGGCGAAAGCAGAUCAGCUAAUGAAGAAGACUGAUGGCAACAAGCGCAAUCGUAUCAACAACGCCAAACUCACCGAUGCCAACAAAGCCGGUACUAAGGACGGACAUCUUUGCACUCUUAUUCUCACUGAAGGUGAGUCAGCUAGUGUACUUGCUUUGGCUGGACGCGCCGUUGUCAACCAGGAUUUGUUCGGAGUCUUCCCUCUCCGAGGUAAGCUGCUCAAUGUGCGGGAUGCGUCUGUCGAUCAGAUCAUGAAGAACGCGGAAAUUCAGAACAUCAAGAAGUUCAUGGGCCUCCAGCACAAGAAGGAGUAUACUCUGUCGGAUAUGAAGAGUCUUCGAUACGGCCAUCUCAUGAUUAUGACGGAUCAGGAUCACGAUGGUAGCCAUAUCAAAGGUCUCCUUAUCAACUUCCUCCAAGUUCAGUUUCCUAGCUUGCUCAAAAUUCCUGGAUUCCUUCUCGAGUUCAUUACGCCUAUCGUCAAGGUCUGGAAGGGUGAUCCUAAAAACCCGCGCAACAUGAAGAGCUUCUUCUCCAUGCCCGAGUAUGAAGAGUGGAAAGAGCAACACAAGAACGAAAAGAGCUGGGAUCACAAAUACUUCAAGGGAUUGGGUACCAGUGAUAUUCCGGAUGCUCAGAUCUAUUUCAAGGACCUCGACACUCACAUGAAACGUUUCCAGGUCAUGCGUGCCGAGGAGGAGAAGCUUAUUGAGCUAGCCUUUUCCAAGAAGAAGGCUGACGCACGUAAGGAGUGGUUGCGAGAGUUUGUUCCAGGUAACCAUCUAGAUCUCACUACGCCGGAGAUUUCCUAUGACGACUUUGUCAACAAGGAGUUCAUCCUCUUCUCCAUGGCUGACAAUUUGCGAUCCAUUCCGUCCGUCAUCGACGGGUUGAAGCCUGGUCAACGUAAGGUUCUAUAUACGUGUUUCAGGAGAAACCUCAAGAAAGACAUCAAGGUCGUCGAACUCGCCGGUUCCGUGUCUGGUACUACAGAUUACGCUCACGGCGAAGCGUCCAUGCAGGGCACCAUCGUCGGCCUUGCUCAGAACUUCAUUGGCACCAACAACAUCAACUGCUUGGAACCUAGCGGCAAUUUUGGUUCUCGUCUACAAGGUGGCUCGGAUGCUGCCAGCGCCAGGUACAUCUACACACGCCUGUCUCCAUUUGCGCGAAGAAUCUUUCACCCUAAUGACGAUGCUCUUCUCAAGUAUGGCGAAUCAGAUGGUAACAAGAUUGAGCCUGAGAUCUAUGUUCCUGUUCUACCCAUGAUUCUCGUCAACGGCUCAAGCGGUAUUGGCACUGGCUGGAGCUCCGAAAUUCCAAACUUCAAUCCCAUGGAUAUCAUCGACAAUAUCAGGCUUCGUAUGCAGGAUGGAAAUUCCAAGGAGGACAUGAAGCCAAUGAUUCCUUGGUACAAGGGCUUUACUGGUACGACUGAAGACCUUGGAAAUGGCAAAUACCGAUUCAAGGGCAUCAUCCGACAGACUGGUGAUAACGAGAUCGAAGUCACUGAGCUCCCUGUGCGAUACUGGACACAAGACUUCAAGGAGAAGCUCGAGGAUAUCAUCAAAGCUGAGAAGACCCCUUCUUUCGUCAAAGAUUACGUUGACUACAACACGCCGGACCGCGUUCAUUUCAUCAUCAAGAUGGAAGAUAAGCAUAUGGCCAACGCCGUUGCGAGCGGUCUCGAGGAAGCAUUCAAGCUAUAUAAGCCCCAAUCUACUUCGAACAUCGUUGCUUUCGACGCGCAAGGUCGCAUUCACAAAUAUGCGACCGUCUUGGACAUAAUGGAGGAGUUCUAUCACGUUCGUUUACGGUACUACGAGAAGCGAAAGGCGCACCAGUUGGAUUUCAUGCAGAAGGAGCUCUCCAAGAUGUCGAAUCAAGCAAGGUUCAUCCAAAUGAUCAUCGACAACAAGAUCGUUGUGUCGAAGAAGAAGAAAGCUGUCCUUGUCGCAGAGCUGAGGAAGCUUGGGUUCACGCCCUUUCCAAAGGUCGAAGAUGCGAAGACAGCGGGCGAGAACGAGGAAACUUUGGAGGACGACGAGGAUUCUGGUGAUGUCGAGGGUCAUGCGAACGACUACGACUACCUCCUAGGUAUGGCUAUCUGGUCUCUGACUCAAGAGCGUGUCGAGAAGUUGCUGAGGCAAAUCGGCGACAAGGAGGAGGAGAUUGAUACGCUCAUCAAGCUCUCACCAAAGGACAUCUGGACUGUAGAUCUUGAAGCUUUUGUUGCGGAAUGGAACCUCCAGCUCGACGAAGAUGCGAAGCGCAAGAGGAAGAUCGCCGGCAUCACUCGACGCGCAUCUCAGAAGCUUGGCAUCGGCGCAUCCAAGGGCGGCAAGGGAAAGAAGAAGAGAAAGAUGGAUGGCAGUGACUCAGACGAUUCUGGUUCCGACUUUGGCCCAGCUAAAAAGAAGACCAAGCCGAAGAAGGAGGGGGGCUUGCUCGGCUAUCUCCAGCAGGAUCAAGAACCUGUGAAGAAGCUCACCGCAGCGGAAGCUCUGAAGAGCAGUUCUGCGUUCGGGUCCGCAGCUCCACAGAAGCAAGGCAGUCUCCUAUCGCACCUAGUGAAGAAGGAACCUGCUUCUCAGGCCAACGGGGUCUCAGCAAGCAAACCUGCCGAAUCUGCACCAGCAGCGAAGAAGGCGCGACCUGUCGCGAAGAAACCUGCACCUGUCAUUGACUCCGAUUCCGACAUAUCAGAUGUCUUUGCAGCCGUCGCUCAAGAAGAGGCGAAGAAGCCUACAGCCACGACUUCUCGCGCCGCUCGUGGCGCAACCAAACAAGUCUCAAAGUACGCAGUCGACAACAGUGAUGACGACUCUGGGGAUGACGAUCUUCUUGGCGAUGUCAGCCUUAUGGUAAAAGGUCUCGGUGCUGGCGGCAACGACGUCCCUAUGUUCAAGAGCUCAGUUCGACCUGGUAGCUCCGCCGGUGUUACCAAGGCCGCAAAGAAGAGCAGCGCGUUGGAUAAUACCGAUUUCGACAUCGACGACACCAACUACGAGGCAUUGGCGCCCCAGUCCUCUCCUAGGCGGGUAGCUUCUCGCAGUGUUUUGGACACGGUCAUGAGCUCGGACGAAGACGAUGACGAUGACAUUGGCCUUCUUUCUAGGAAGCCAGCUGUGAGCAAACUUGCUGCACCUAAGCCCAAAGCCCCCACCAAGCUUACUCCUCGCAACGAUGACACAAUCAUGACUUCAGACGACGAAGACCUGGGUCUCGUCACGAAGAAGAUAGCUACUAAACCAAUGCCAAAAGCCAAGGCCACUGUUGCUAAGCCAGUUCCAAAAGCAAAGGCUCUCACCUCCACACUCGCCAAAAAUAAGACGUUGAGCCCCGCAGCAAAGGCCUACGCGAAGAAGAAAGAAGAAGCCCUUGCUAAGCCUGCGCCUAAGGCGAAGAAACCAGUUACUGUCGACUCUGAUGACGACAUGGAGGAUGCUGAUCAGAUUGCCAACGACAUCCUCUCCGACGAUGACGAGACUGAGAUGCCUGUUGCUCGUAGCCGUGCCCCUGCCGCUCGACCUGGUCGUAGAGCUGCAGCUCAGCCUGCGAAGUACGUAGUCAGUGAUGAUGACGGGGAUUCGGACGAGGAAUCUGAAGCGAGCUUUGAUGACGAGAGCGAGUAGAGUUAACAGUGUUUGGUGUAGUGGGAUCUUUGACACUGAAGGAUCGAGGGCGUUCUGGGCAUGGGUACUGGGCUCUUCACAUACCUACUUUUCCUUUCUCAAUCAGGGAUGGGGGCGCGUACUUGGAUAUUCAGACCCAUGGUCUUUACGGUGUUUGGCUUCGCUUUCUCGGUAUAAUUCCUAGAUAUAUGUGAUAUAGCGGUGCAUAAUUAGCUCAUGAAGUUGGUUUGCC